UACGUUUUCUUCAUUUACUUGGUAGUUAACUUACAGUAGUGUAUACUUACAAUAUAUUUAGCAGAAUGAACCAAUUGAACCGAUUUAACAAUGAACAAAAACCCUCUUUGUGAUUUGAUCUGGAUUCUAUAAAGGGAUGCAAACUUUUGCUCUCAGCUGCUGACCUAACAAUAAGUGGACUUUAUCUUUGUGUCUGUUAAAACUGAACUUUAAGAACCCCAGAGUUCUUUUACUGAGACACAUAGAUAGAUACAUGAGAUAGAUACAUGAGAUAGAUAGACAGACAGACAGAUAGACAGACAGACCCCAUAAUCCGUGAUAAUUAAGGCUUUAGACUAGAUUCUGAAGAUGGACGUGCGUCCCAAACCGCACAGUAGCACACUGAAAAGUGUGACAAAAUAUAUUAUGCCAAAAUAGUCACCACGUGCGAUGGAGUAAGAUGCGGAUUGGAACACAGCCGGAUCUCUCUCUCUCUCUCUCUCUCUCUCUCUCUCUCUCUCUCUCUCUCUCUUGAUUUUCAGCACGAGAAAAGGAGGAGUUUGUUUAUUUUAAAAGCAACAUUUAGAACAGCACCGAACGGAUUGCUUACCACCAACUCCUGUACUGUACUUUUAUCCAUUUAGGUUUACCUCAGGGGACACGAAUAGGCCUACAUUAAUCUACUUCAUAGAUAUUUUAAUAAACCGGAAUAGACAUUUAGGAUAUGUUUGGGAGGCGUUCACGCUACAAGUGCGCUGUUCAUCAUUCAGAAAAUUAAAACAACAACAACAACAACAAAGUAACUUGCGCAAACAAAGUAACAAAAAGCGCAACUUGUAGCUCAGGUGAAAGUGAGAGAAUUUUCGGAUUUUCUCUUUUGAAGCUCGACCUGUCCGCUUGUGGAUUUAACCUCAGGAUAAAGUUUUAGAGACAAACCACUGCUUCACCAUGAACACCAUGGAGCCCAGCCUGAGUAUGGACUACAUGGACAAUGUCACCCUCAAUGUGACUCCCAGUGACACAAACAUGACGGGUAUCACCCAGAUCAUGAUUCCUCAGGAACUGUUCCUGAUGCUGGGAUUGAUAAGCCUGGUGGAGAACAUUCUGGUUGUUGCAGCCAUCAUCAAGAACAGAAACCUGCAUUCUCCGAUGUACUAUUUCAUCUGCUGCCUCGCCGUGUCCGACAUGCUGGUCAGCGUGAGCAACGUGGUGGAGACGAUGUUCAUGCUGCUCACGGACCACGGCCUUCUGAGUGUGACGGCAAGGAUGCUGCGCCACCUGGACAACGUCAUUGACAUCAUGAUCUGCAGCUCUGUGGUGUCCUCGUUGUCCUUCCUGUGCACCAUCGCAGCCGAUCGCUACAUCACCAUCUUCUACGCCUUGCGCUACCACAGCAUAAUGACCACACAGCGUGCCAUCACCAUCAUUGCGAUGGUUUGGUUGACCAGCAUCACCUCCAGCUCGCUGUUUAUCAUCUACCACACUGACAACGCAGUCAUCGCCUGUCUCGUGACCUUCUUCGGCAUCACGCUGGUUUUCACAGCCGUGCUCUAUCUGCACAUGUUCAUCCUGGCGCACGUGCACUCCAAACGCAUCAUGGCGCUCGAUAAAAACCGGCGCCAGGCCACCAGCAUGAAAGGCGCCAUCACGCUGACCAUCCUGUUAGGGGUUUUCAUCAUUUGCUGGGGUCCAUUCUUCCUGCAUCUGAUCCUAAUCCUGACGUGUCCAACAAACCCUUAUUGCAAGUGCUACUUCAGCCAUUUCAACCUCUUCUUAAUCCUCAUUAUAUGCAACUCUCUCAUAGACCCUUUGAUUUACGCGUAUCGGAGUCAAGAACUGCGAAAGACGCUUAAGGAAAUAGUUUUGUGCUCUUGGUGCUUUAAUCUGAUAUUAGAUCCUUGUGAAAACUGCUCUUCGGUGUGGGCGUGGUCAGUUGGUGCUGAUGCUGCCGCCUCGCCCCGGUUGCAGCCGGUCGGUUUCUCCACAGCCUCUGAUUGGCCAGCGCCUGCCUGGCUCAGUGACGUCACCGGACAUGUGUUAAAUCAGCAUCGUCUGCGCUUUAAAAGGCCGGUCCGAGCUGUGCGAGUUUUCCGCCGGCAACUUGCAGGAGGAGACAGAGAACAGCGCACAGAUAUACACACACACACACAUACACAUACACACACACACACACACACCCUGAGGAUGAGAGAGAUUGUCCACAUCCAAGCCGGCCAGUGCGGCAACCAGAUCGGAGCCAAGUUCUGGGAGGUGAUCAGUGAUGAACAUGGCAUCGACCCCACUGGAAACUACGUGGGUGACUCAGACCUCCAGCUGGAGAGGAUCAGCGUUUACUACAAUGAAGCUUCCUCCUCCAAAUAUGUUCCCAGAGCCAUCCUGGUGGAUCUGGAGCCAGGCACCAUGGAUAGUGUACGAUCUGGAGCCUUUGGCCAUCUCUUCAGACCUGAUAACUUCAUUUUUGGUCAGAGUGGAGCAGGCAACAACUGGGCUAAAGGCCACUACACAGAAGGAGCAGAGCUAGUGGACUCCGUCCUGGACGUGGUGCGGAAGGAAUGCGAGAACUGCGACUGCCUCCAAGGUUUCCAGCUCACCCACUCACUCGGAGGGGGCACGGGCUCGGGCAUGGGCACGCUGCUGAUCAGCAAAGUGAGAGAAGAAUAUCCCGACCGCAUCAUGAACACCUUCAGCGUGGUCCCUUCCCCUAAAGUGUCCGACACAGUGGUGGAGCCCUACAACGCCACGCUUUCCAUCCACCAGCUGGUUGAGAACACAGAUGAGACGUACUGCAUUGACAACGAAGCCCUAUACGACAUUUGCUUCCGCACACUCAAGCUGGCCACGCCCACUUACGGUGACCUCAACCACCUGGUCUCGGCUACCAUGAGUGGAGUCACGACCUCGCUGCGCUUCCCAGGCCAGCUGAACGCUGACCUGCGCAAGCUGGCUGUCAACAUGGUACCCUUCCCUCGCCUGCACUUCUUCAUGCCCGGAUUCGCUCCUUUGACAGCACGUGGAAGCCAACAGUACCGCGCUCUUACUGUCCCUGAGCUCACACAGCAGAUGUUUGACGCCAAAAACAUGAUGGCCGCAUGCGACCCACGUCACGGCCGCUAUCUCACUGUGGCCACCGUCUUCCGAGGACGCAUGUCCAUGAAGGAAGUGGAUGAGCAGAUGCUGGCCAUCCAAAGCAAGAACAGCAGCUAUUUUGUCGAAUGGAUCCCCAACAACGUGAAGGUUGCUGUGUGCGACAUUCCACCCCGGGGGCUCAAGAUGUCCUCCACGUUCAUCGGCAACAGCACGGCCAUCCAGGAGCUCUUCAAGCGCAUCUCCGAGCAGUUCACAGCCAUGUUCAGGCGUAAGGCUUUCUUGCACUGGUACACUGGCGAAGGCAUGGAUGAGAUGGAGUUCACCGAGGCUGAAAGCAACAUGAACGACCUGGUGUCUGAGUACCAGCAGUACCAGGACGCCACGGCUGAGGAAGAGGGAGAGAUGUAUGAGGAUGACGAGGAGGAGUCAGAGGCCCAGAUUCAAAAGUAAACACUCACAAAGUAGCCAUUAUAACAUGUACAACAACCCUUCUGUAAUACCGACCUCUUAUCACUCUUCCGGCUAAAAUAUCUUAAUCUUUAACUUCUCUUACAGGUAGAAUAAACUUCAUGUUAACCAUUUGUGCCAGUUACAGCAGAAAUUCACUUUACUGUACCAUAACAGCUUCUUGAUGGUACUGUAUUUGUUGUAUAGUGUUGUUCACUGACCAAUCCUAAAUAAACCAGUGUUUCAAGUGGA